AUGUCCCAGACUCUCGCUCUUGUCACUGGUUCAACUCAAGGUAUUGGCCUUGCAGUUGCCAAAGAACUCGCCAUCAAGCAUAACUACCAUGUCCUCCUCGGCGUUCGAAACACAAAAGCCGGUGAAGAGAUCGCCUCUGAUCUUCGCAAAAACGGCCAUCAAGCUUCAGUCGUAGAGCUUGACCUCACAUCUCCUGAGUCCAUCGAUAAAGCAGUCAAGCAUAUCGAUGAGAAAUAUGGACAUCUCGAUGUUCUCAUCAACAACGCUGCUGUUUUGCUCGAUUUCAACAAGGACCUUUCAACCUGGGAUCUCUUCUCCAAGACAUUUGCAACAAACGUAGUAGGGACAGGUUGUCUAACCGCAAACCUCCUUCCUCUUCUUCGCAAAGCAAAGAAUGCUCCCCCUCGCAUUGUCUUUGUCUCAAGCGUCAUGGGCAGUCUCACCAAGGCCACUGACGAAACUACAAUCUACUACAACAUUGACUAUAAGGCCUACGACGCGAGCAAGGCAGCUGUUAAUAUGCUCAUGCUCAACUUUGCUCGCGAGUUACAUGAUGUGGGUGGAAAGGUCAAUUCUGUUUGUCCGGGGUUGGUGAAGACCGGUUUGUCGGGUUAUCAUGAGUACGGAACGACUCCUGAAGUUGGCGCAGAAAGGAUCGUGCAAAUGGCGACUAUUGGGGAGGAUGGGCCUACCAGGACCUUUAGUAAUCUCAGCGAAGAGCUUCCUCUGUAG